UCCAAACAACACGUGGGAGAAAAAGGGAAAAUUUGUCAAUUUUUAUUGUAUUCUCAAUCUUUUUAUAAUAUUUAUGAUACAUUAAUUGACACUUGUUCGUUUACUAAAGAAAAUUUGAAUUUACAUAGAUUGAUUGAGAUUAAUAUUUUAAUUAACCUUGACAUAUAAGAAAUUUGGUCAAUAAAAGUGAGUUUCUAGGUUAACUCAAUUUUACAAAGUUUGUUUUUUUGUUUGUUAUUUUUUAACAAAUUCGUGUAGAAUUUGCACUUGAAAUGGUAGUUUUUACUUGUAACAAUUGUGGCGAGUGUUUACAAAAGCCGAAGGUUGCAAAACAUUUUCAAUUUAGUAACCGAUGUAAUCCUGUGUUUCUCACGUGUGUAGAUUGCCAUAAGGACUUUCGAGGAGAUGAAUAUGUUAAACAUACAAAAUGUAUAACAGAAGAUGAAAGAUACGGCGGCAAAGGAUUUACACUAAAAGCAAGUGCCAAUAAAGGAGAACGAAAACAACAAGAAUGGAUCAAUGUUGUGCAAAAUUUACUCAAUACUUCGAUGAAUUUAUCAUCAGCUGAAAGAAAUAUUUUAAAUACUCUAUCAAAACAUGAAAACAUUCCAAGAAAGAAAGCUAAGUUUCUUAAUUUUAUUCGUAGUGUAUUUGGAAAUAGAGUAAACAUGACUGUCAUUGAAAGUCUUUGGACGAAAAUGGAAGAAACGUUUAAAGAAUCAUCACAAAAAAUUCAAUCUUCAUCUGAAAAUGACUCAAAUUCUAAAAAUGGAAAAAUAGAAAAAUUAGAGGAUAACGUUUCAGAAAACCAAAAUAAUGAAAAUAUAGUUAAAGAAAAUGGUGAUUCUGAGAAACAUAAUGGUACUAACAACAGUAAUGAAUCUGAACAGCAAGGAAAAAAGAAGAAAAAAUCGAAGAAAAGGGCUUUGGAAACUACUGAAAUUCAAGAAGCAGAAGAGAAAGAAGAAGAGUCAGUUGCUAAGAAAAGAAUGAAAACUGAUUUAAAGGAAUUAACUGAAAUUUCUGCAUCACAAGAAGAAGAUAGUUCUAAGUUUUCCUGGAAAAAUAUUAUAAUAGAAGUUGUUUCGACAAAAGGGGAAAUCUCAUUGAAGAAGUUACGAAAAAAAGUUGUAGCCCGAUAUAUGGAACAUUCGAAUAAUUCUAGUAAUGAGAAAGCAACUUCAAAGUUUGAUAAGAAAAUUAAAAAAGUAAGUGAAAUUAGUAUUAAUGACGACAAAGUUAAAUUAACGUAAAUUUGCACUAGUUAAUUCUGUUAAAAAAUGGAGAACAACUUUAAUGAAAUAAAAACAUUUUUUGUAUGUUUAUUGCUUCAAAAUAGCAAUUAUUAAUAAACUAUAUUGUUUAAAAUUAA